CUUCUCCAACAGAGAGGAGAUCAACUACGCCAGCCCGGAAAAAUUGCUUUUUAUUUCCAAAAACCUGAAAUAAUCUGCGAUCACGAUGUUUAGAGUCGUGUUUUUGCUUCUCUUCGGAGUUCCCGCUAUCACGGCAGUGACUCACUCUCUGAAGUAUUUCUACACUGCGUCCUCUGGAAUCACAAACUUCCCAGAGUUUGUGGUUGUUGGAUUAGUUGAUGAUGUUCAGAUGGUUCGCUAUGACAGCAACACCAAGAAGUUAGAACCUAAACAGGACUGGAUGAGCAGACUCACAGAGGAUGAUCCACAGUACUGGGAGAGAAACACUCAGACCAAUGUAGGUUCCCAUCAGACCUACAAAGCCAGCAUUGAAAUUGUAAAGCAGCGCUUCAACCAAACUGGAGGUGUUCACAUAUACCAGAACAUGUAUGGAUGUGAGUGGGACGAUGAGACUGGAGACGUUAAAGGUUAUGACCAGUAUGGUUACGAUGGAGAAGACUUUAUAGCUCUGAACUCCGAGAAGAUGGACUCAUGGAUCGCUCCAACACCACAGGCUGUCAUCACCAAACACAAGUGGGAAAAUGACAGAGGUUGGAUGCUACAGGACAAGAACUACUUGACCCAGAUUUGUCCUGAGUGGAUAAAGAAGUACGUGAACUAUGGGAGGAGCUCUCUGAUGAGAACAGAGCGUCCUUCAGUGUCUCUCCUCCAGAAAACAUCCUCCUCUCCAGUCAGCUGCCACGCUACAGGUUUCUACCCCAACAGAGCCGAGAUGUUCUGGAGGAAGGAUGGAGAGGAGAUCCAUGAAGGUGUGGACAAAGGAGAGAUCCUCCCCAACCACGACGGGACCUUCCAGAUGACUGUUCACCUCAGACUUCCAUCAGACUCAUCUGAGGACUGGACAAAGUACGAAUGUGUGUUUCAGCUGUCUGGAGACAACGAAGACAUCGUCACCAAAAGACGUUCAUUGGACCCGAAACCAGACAUGACUCUCCCCAUCAUUGUUGCUCUGGUUGUUCUCGCUGCAGUCGUUGUCGCUGUGGUUGUCGGAGUCGUUCUUUACAAAAAGAACGUUAUAAAGAACGACAAACGUUCUCCUUCUCCUGAGAGCCAAGAGAGCAACGAGAAGAUGCUUCCUAAAGCCUGAAUGACGAACAAAAACCUGAACACAGUUCUUGGAAGCAGUUUGAAGUGAGAGAAAAAACUUCAUCACCAGAUUCUCCAUAAAACUGUUAUUAAUUAGUUGUUAAUUUUAUCAGUGGAUCGGAGAAACAUUUGUAAUGUUGUUAUAGAUUAGAAAUGAUACAUGCAUUAUUAUUUGAUUGGCAUUCAAAAUAAGUUAAAGAAAUUUAGAUAAAUUAUGUUUUUCUUAAUUUGGUAUAAUAUGAAUAGUGAAAAUUUCUCUAAAAUAUUUUGAAAUAUUUGUCAAAUAAAACUCACUCUAUGUUGCUCUGUGGAGAAAAACUACCUUCCAAGGAUUUUUGAAACCACAGAAAUGUCACAACUCUCUACAAACAGUCUAAAUUAAUCCUUAGCAGGUUCUGUGAUUAUUAGAUGAAUCCACUGAGUUGACUGGUUUUACUUUAUUUUUCUGGUUUUGGGGUUUUACUACUUAUCAAUGAAUCAUUCACGAUUAUUGAUGAUGCAAAGUUACACGUGCACAAACAUCUGCAUGCAUUUAUUCCUUGUGUCUAUUUUCUGUAUCAUUAAGGUCUGACUUAGUCAUAAUAUCAAUCACAAACGUGUAAACUGGAUAUUUUAGACAUCAGUCGACUGCGUGACUCCUGAUAAACGUCCUGUGUGAUCUGAUCAGAUGGAGGUCGUCAUUAAUCUGCUCGUCUCACUGGAAUAAACAGGAAAUUAUUCAAGCUUUGAUUGAUUUUGACAACUAACGUCAUUUAGUUACCACUCAACAAAACAUUUUAUAAUCUGGUUAUUGCUGUGUCAUUAAAACAUUAAUUUAAUGUUCAUCUAAAAGAAAAUAUCAAUUUGACUUACAAAGUUUUCCAGUUGUGUAAAUAUUCAGAUGUAUAUUUCUUUUCUUGGCAAGUAAACAUGGUUUGAUUUAGAUUUGGCCUGGAUAGAUCAAAUCGUAUUUUAUUUAAAUUACUUAAUAAAACAAUGUCGCGGUUUUGUUAGAUUAUUUUUUAAAUAUUUCUUUUAACAUAAUUACAGUUGAUUAUUAAUUAUUAUUUGAUUAAGAAAUAUUAACAUGAUUUAAAAAACAUACCACUAAGGCACCUUGUUAGUAUCUGAAAAUCUGUUGGGGUUCUUUACCUUUCUCUCUUGUUGACAUAAAGAACUUAAAUAUUUGUGAUUAAAAUCUGUUAUUUUUGGAUUUAUUGGAUGAAUAUCAGUUCAUUUGUUCUGUUGUUUCUUCAUCAUGUAACUUUGUUUUUAAUUUUAAUAAAGUUUCCAAUAAUCCCAA